AUGGAGGGUCGGUGUCACGUAGAUUUUAAUUCCGAAGCCAUUGAGACUGUAUUGGAUACCACGAGGUUGCUCGACGAGAUUGAAGAGCUCGAGGCCCGUCUAAAUUUGCCCCUCUCCUUAAAACUAUCUCGAAGCCCACUAGUGCAGUCAUUAGCUGCGGAUGCGUGGCAUUUAAGAACAUCAAAACAAUCGGUUUUUUCGAAAGAUCCUACUCCGCCAGAUUCUUCCUGUUUCACCAAAACGGAAGCAAUGACAAGUCAGAUGCACUUAAUGGCCGAAAUGCGCCAGCAAGCAAAGCGAAAACUGAAGAGAAUUUCGGCCAAGGAGAGGACUCGAAUUAUAGAAAGUGUUCGCAUUUACUCCUUCGACGAGCUACUUCGUCAACACAUUCGGGCCGUCGCUGCAUCGCGGGGCGAAUAUGACCCUGACACUGAUUCAACUGCAGAAAUGGAUGACCUGCAGAAAUCUCAAACUGAGGAUGAAGGAGGCACAAAAGGCAGUGCUUCCAAAGCAGAUGAAGAAGAAGACGACGAGGAGGAGGAUGAGGAAGAUGACGAUUUGAUGCGUCUAGUGCGUCGUCAGCGCGAGGCCUACACUGCGAGGGUUGCCGCUGGACGUCCGAGCAUUCGUCGCGGCCUCACUGCAGCCGGCAGCAGCGGCACCGUCGCCACCUCCGCUCUUAACUCGUCGAUCGUGCCGACACCGAUCGCUACUGCGGCGUUAUCAAAGAAUGAGCGCCUCUAUCGAAGCCUAAUUCGCAAGUACAUCGGCAAGGCUGCACGCCAGAGAGCAAAUAUUAGGCGAGAUAAAAUUCUUAUGGCCAGAAAGGCUGCUAGGGACUGCGCAAAGGCUGUACGGCAGCGUCAGGCUCAGAAAACAUCGAAGGACUUCGCUUAUCGUGCACGGCGAUUAGUUCGUGAGAUCUCCGCCUAUUGGUGCGUUCGUAGCGGCGGUGGUGUUGGCAGCGCCACUGUCACUGGCAGCGGCAUUGGCGGUCCGCAUAUAGCGGGUGGCUCGGAUGCCCGUGAUGUCGAGACAGCGGGUGGUGCAGCGCCGGGUGCUGAAAUUGAGUCGGCAGCAGCUGCGCGACGUCGGGCGGAGCGAGCAUUGGCGGAGCAGCGGAGAGCCGAUUUGGAAUUGCUUGAGGCGCGUCGCCAACAACGCAAAUUGAACUUUCUCCUCACGCAAACAGAACUCUACUCGCACUUUAUGGCUAAAACAAUGUCCGGUGGAGUUGCCGGUGGUGAUGGUAGAGUGGAAUCCAUUCUUGAACGGCUUCAGGAAGUGCCAAAAGCUUCAGAUGAGACUGGUAAUACGGAAUCCACUUUGGCGGAAGCUGCCAAAGCUGCGGCAGGGAGACUGGGCAUCAAUGUGGAUGACGAGUUUGAUGCGGAAGCAUUGAAAGCCCAAGCACUAUCACGUGUUCAGACAGCGAUUGAGAGAGAAAAUCAAGCAAGAGCAGAAUUCGGUCAAGGCGGUCAACAUCCUGUGGAAAUGGAGGUGGAUAUUUCAAAACCACCGGCGCUAUUCAAGGGCGAUUUGAAAACCUAUCAAUUAAAGGGGUUGGCAUGGCUACUGACUCUCUUCGACCAAGGCAUAAAUGGAAUUCUUGCCGACGAAAUGGGUCUUGGAAAGACGGUUCAGACGAUUGCUUUUUUAGGCUCCCUUGCUGAGCGUUACAAUCUGUGGGGUCCCUUCCUCAUCGUUACUCCCGCCUCAACACUGCAUAACUGGACGCAGGAAUUCUCCAAAUUCAUGCCCGAUUUUCGUCUGGUGCCCUACUGGGGCUCUCCAGCCGAGCGCAAGGUACUGCGUCGCUUCUGGUCUCCCUCUGCCGCAUGCUGCUAUGGUAGUGGUCUCCUGGGCACUCGGGAGGCGGCUUUUCAUGUAGUGGUGACGAGUUACCAGGUUGUGCUGCAGGAUGCAAAGUUCAUCAACAAAACUGCGUGGACGUAUAUUGUGUUGGAUGAGGCGCAUGCUAUUAAAAGCACUGCUAGUUUACGAUGGCGUCUUCUGCUCUCUUUCAAGUGCCGAAACCGUCUCCUACUCACUGGAACACCCAUUCAGAACGCUAUGCGAGAACUAUGGGCCCUCCUGCAUUUCAUAAUGCCCGCACUCUUUGACUCCCACGACGAGUUUGCUGAUUGGUUCUCCAAGGACAUUGAGUCACAGGCGGCUAGUGGUGGCGGUGGUGAUUCAACCGGUGGUGGUGGUGGUGCCGUAACAACAUUGAAUGAAAACCAACUCUCUCGCCUACGGCUCAUCCUAAAGCCCUUCAUGCUUCGUCGGGUAAAAGCGGAGGUGGAGCAUGAAAUUACUCAAAAAACAGAAGUUUUAAUCUACUGUCCCCUGACAAGACGUCAAAGCCUCCUUUACAAUCGACUGAAGAGCAAAAUCCGUAUUGAAGACCUUAACGCUAAUGACAGCUUCACAAUUCGCAAUGGUGGUGGUGGUGGCGGUCUUCAAGACACGAACGGUCAACAAGAGAGCAAUCGUCUCAUGAAUCUGGUCAUGCAACUACGGAAGGUCUGCAACCACCCUGAUCUCUUUGAUCGUCGUGACGUCCGGUUUAGUUGCGCUUCCGUUCGUCCCUUUGAAGCCUCAGGAGCAAAUGGGUUCUGGUGGGUUCCAAAACUCCUUUUCGAUGAGGGUCUCGUUUGUGGACAAACGUGGAGAUGCCUUCCAGGCAACAUUGAUCUUGGUGCAUUUGAGGAGAAGAUGUGUUUAAUUUUCAAACACUUUCUCCUUAACCAACCAGCGCUUUCAUUCGGGAAGGGUCUCAAGGAGGGUUACGUGCGUCCCCUGCGCUUGUACUGCUCUCAGCCAAAUAUCCUGCCACAAUUGAAGCUUGCUUGGGAGCCAUUCUCCUCCCCGCCGGCGCCUCCAUCCCUCUCUCUCGUUUCACCGGGCUGUCUGAUUGCGGACUCCGGAAAAUUGAAGGAACUCGAUCGUCUGCUUGCAAAACUCAAACCAGAGGGACAUCGUGUGCUCAUAUACUCGCAGAUGACAAAGAUGAUCGACUUGUUGGAGGAGUUGAUGCUCUACCGUGGUUACGCCUACCUUCGCCUCGACGGCUCGUCUCGACUUUCCGAUCGGCGAGAUAUGGUGGCACAGUGGCAGACGGACUCCCGAUGGUUCGUGUUCCUCCUCUCCACUCGUGCCGGUGGACUGGGCAUUAAUCUUACUGCUGCGGAUACUGUCAUCUUCUAUGACUCCGACUGGAACCCCACUGUUGACCAACAGGCCAUGGACAGGGCGCAUCGUCUGGGCCAACUGAAGCCGAUCACCGUAUACCGCCUGAUCUCCAAGUCUACAGUUGAGGGUCGCAUGCUCCAGAGGGCAGAGGAGAAACGUGCAAUGCAGCGGAUGGUGAUCGCUGGUGAUUCCUCCUCGGCCAACGCUACCGGUGAUGGAACCGACUCUCUGAUCCGUCCUGACCGCGGGGAUCAAAACAAGAUGACGCAAUCGGAAAUGGUCUCUCUCCUGUUGGACGACGAAGAACUGGCCAAAAGACUGGCACAGAGGAGGCGCAACCAACCGCUUCGAGGCAGGCCCCCAAAUAAUAAGAAAGUGGAUCCAGUGGUCACCACGGACGGUGGUGAAACCACCCAGGCCUUUGCUACGCCCUCUGUCGACUCUAUUCUGAGCCGAAAAAGAAUGGCUGCUUGGGCCGAACGAGUAAUUUAUCAAUAG